AUGUGUGACGACGACGUAGCAGCUCUUGUUAUUGAUAAUGGCAGUGGUAUGUGCAAAGCUGGUUUUGCUGGUGACGAUGCUCCUCGUGCAGUAUUUCCAUCUAUUGUUGGUCGACCACGUCAUCAAGGUGUCAUGGUUGGUAUGGGACAAAAAGAUUCGUAUGUUGGUGAUGAAGCCCAAUCUAAACGUGGUAUUCUCACUCUCAAAUAUCCCAUCGAACAUGGUAUUGUUACUAACUGGGAUGAUAUGGAGAAAAUCUGGCAUCACACAUUCUACAAUGAACUUCGUGUUGCACCCGAAGAACAUCCAGUUCUUCUCACCGAAGCACCACUUAAUCCAAAAGCUAAUCGAGAAAAGAUGACACAAAUCAUGUUCGAAACAUUCAAUACACCAGCUAUGUAUGUUGCCAUCCAGGCUGUUCUUUCACUCUAUGCAAGUGGUCGUACAACUGGUAUUGUACUUGAUUCGGGUGAUGGUGUGACACACACAGUUCCCAUCUACGAAGGUUAUGCAUUACCACAUGCCAUUCUUCGUCUUGACUUGGCUGGUCGUGACUUGACUGACUAUUUGAUGAAGAUCUUGACCGAACGUGGUUAUUCAUUUGUGACAACAGCUGAGCGUGAAAUCGUGCGAGAUAUCAAAGAAAAGCUUUGCUAUGUUGCUCUCGAUUUCGAACAAGAAAUGGCUACAGCUGCAUCAUCAUCAUCAUUAGAGAAGAGCUAUGAAUUACCCGAUGGACAAGUGAUCACCAUUGGUAAUGAACGAUUCCGUUGUCCAGAAGCUUUGUUCCAACCGAGCUUCCUUGGCAUGGAAACAGCUGGUAUUCAUGAGACAACAUACAACUCGAUCAUGAAAUGCGAUAUCGAUAUUCGUAAAGAUUUAUAUGCGAAUACAGUUUUGUCAGGUGGUACAACGAUGUAUCCAGGUAUCGCUGAUCGUAUGCAAAAAGAAAUCACGUCGUUGGCACCAUCAACAAUGAAAAUCAAAAUCAUUGCACCACCCGAACGUAAAUACUCGGUGUGGAUUGGUGGUUCAAUUUUGGCAUCGUUAUCGACAUUUCAACAGAUGUGGAUCUCGAAACAAGAAUAUGAUGAAUCGGGUCCAUCAAUCGUUCACCGAAAAUGUUUCUAA